CUCCACUCCUGCGACCACAAUCACACAGCGCAUCCAUUCCGACCACCCGACCUGCCUGUCCUCCCGAUAAACCUCCUACGACAUGCGGAGCCGACACGCAUAGCCUGCCCUGUCACCCUCGCGGGCGCCUGUUUGCGACAGCCAAACGCUACAGCACCCGUCCACCACGCUCGUUCGUCCGGGUCACCGCCUUGCGCCAGCACAUCUCGACUGCGCGCGCGCGCUCGACUACACUUCUCCGCUCGACGACGCGCUGUCGCUUUGUUGUCACCAUGUCACCCAUUCGCCGCCCUGCGCUCAACAUCGCUCUGCCGAACACCAUCGUCGCAUACCCAUACCACGACUCGAACAUGCCCAAGACGCCAGAGGCGCUACACCGUGGAGAACAAUCAGAGAUAGAGCUUCCGCCGCCACCGCGUGCAGCGCCGUUCAAGGUCAAGCGCAAGCGUCCAAGCGCUAUCUAUCAGCCGGCCAGCAUGCUGCUCGACAACGGCGCCAUUCCGACCAUUGAGAUGUCCGAAGUCCCUACACAAAGGUCGAGCCCAACCUUUCCACCGGCGUCAGCGGACUAUCUGUCGCCUGUGCAUACGUCUGGUUCGUUCUCUCGCGCGCUUACACCACCAAAGACUCCGGAACCCAAACUGUACCAGAGUUUCAGCCAGAUGGAUAGCCCGGCCGAUGAAUGGGACAUGAUCAAUCAGAACAGACCUGCGUUUCAACGAGCAGAGUCGAUCUGCUCAUCCUUCUCCGACUCCUCGAUAUCGUCCUGCGGUAGCUCUGCAUUCUCUGCGCCAACGACUGGCUACGACAGCCCGCAAUCAGAAGCCAACGACCCUUUCGUGGAAGACUUCUCCAAGCACGAGAGACGUCUGCAAUCUCCAAUGCGCCAGGACGCUGCGCCCAAGAACAAGCGAGUGAAGACUCGUCGAGAUGUCAAAUGGACGCAUCAGAUGGACGAUCACCUCUGGAUGACCUUCUCCGCUUAUCUUUCCGACCCUACCUUGACUCCAUUCAAGAUGCUUCCGGGAAGCACACCUCCUAUGGGUGUAUGCGAUCAGGUCGCUACAAAGGCCAAGCGCACUUGGCGUCACCGCAAGACUGGCCCACAGGCACCUGCCUCGAUUGAUGCGGUCCUGGAUGUGGACACCCGCAUGCACCAAGCAGGAUCACCCGAUACCAUCCGUCCCACCGCGCUACAGGCGUCGCAAAACAGAUGGCCAAGGGCCGCUGCCACACGUCGUAGACUCCGAG